AUGAAGCGCACGCUUCUCUACCUGACGUUGGCCCUCCUGAGCUACGCCCUCGUGGUUGUCGUGCUGCUCGCGGGCCAGCACGUGACCGUCAGGAGGGUCGCCAUUCUAUACCCUGUCAUCACAACGUACAUCCUGCUAUGGGGAUCCAUUCGCGAACCGUUCAUGAAGAAGAUUCUGGGAGAUGACGAGUACCUCUGGUCCUACACCAAGGGGUUCUCCGAGCUGCCGUCGCCGGCCCAGCUGAAGGCCAGCCUGGCGGAACAGCUUUCCGUGGAACAGCUGCGGGACGAGUUCCGGCAGUACAUCAAGACCAAGGUGGCCCAGGAACUGGUAGACUUCUACCUGGACUCGCUAGACCGGGAAGAGGUAAUGGGCUUCUUUGAGAGACAGGUGGUCGAUGGCCUCGUCGCGGUCCACGCGCCGGAGCUUCUCCAACCCUCGGCGGAAACCGGCGAUGGUGUCGCAGUCGGUUCCGCCGUCACCCCCGGCCCGAGGCGACUUCCGUGCCCGCGACAUGCGUUCUGCUCCACGAUCGGGCAUGCCCACUGGCGCCCGGGAGGCCUUGGCGACGCGGAACGCCCGACGGACAUGGCUACCGCGGCGACCAUGCGCAUCGUGGAACGCUACAUCCGAGAGGACGCUCCUGAUCAGGUGAACAUCUCGGAAGAAUGCCGAGAGAAGAUUCUCGCGACGGACGUGACCGCGUACGACAUCUUUGACGAGGCUAGGGCGGAGGUCUUAGUGGUCAUGGAGACCAACUUCCAGAGGGAGUUCGUGACGACGGAGGGGUUCCGGCGAAUCGCGGACGCUAGCGAGGUGGAGCACCGGGAGAUUCGCCUCCUUCGGGCCGGGGGGAUGCUGCCUUCCGCAUCGCCCAGCCCGGGGUCCCCGCUGUCCCCGGUGUCCCCCCUGCACCCGUCGCGCCUCCUGAGCGCGUUCAGGAACCUUCCCCUGGCGAGGAGGCUGCGUUCGACCGCGCCUUUGUCGACGGCGGCGGCGGCGGAACACGGUGCCGCCGUGGCGCGUGAUAAUGCGGCGGAAGGCGAUGGCGGUGAUGGUGCUAGUGCAGCUCGUUCUUCUUCCCGCAUUGGCGGCGGCGGCUGUAAACUUGCAGGAGGAAAGCCUCCUCGUCGGUCUGGCGACGCUUCUGCGACGGGUUCUAAGUCAACCUCGCUCUUGGGCGUCCUCGAGAUGGGCGUGGUGGAGAAAGAGAAGGAGGAGGAGGAGGAGGAGGAGGAGGAGGAGGAGGAGGCGUUUAACAGUGACCCCCAAGACGGGUUCACGACGCCCAUCUACAGCGACGUCGGCGGCGCGCGCGGCGAUGGUCGCGGCCGUGCGGCGAUUUCGACGCCGUCACGGGGCGAUGGGUACACCACGGACGCGGGGGACGGACCCGACCCUCUGGGCGGUUUCGGCACCCCCGUAAACGAAGACGAGGACGGAUUUCGGACGCCUGUGUCCCGGCACAGCCGAAAUUUAUAG